GUAAGCCCAUUGCUCCGAUUGAGAUGAAGUGCCUCCUGGUAGCGAUAGCCUGCUUGAUCACUUGCUCCCGAGUAGGUGGCCUCGUGCACUAUAUGAAACUGGCGAAAGGACAGAACGGAUGCAAAUCCCCCAAGGGUGCAGAGAUGGCUGUGGGUGCUGUGGAGCAGGAUGAUAAGACUUGUGGAGCUAUUACGUGUCAAAGCACGGAAGGCGAUGCUUUUGUGCACUUCUGUCAGAUACCAGCCACAUUUGCGGAGUGUGUGGAGACUGCUGUUUUGACGAACGUUGACUUUCCCCAAUGCUGUUGGACAUGUGCCGCUUGGGCGAACUGCGAUGGAGGAGGUGCUGCACCAGGAGCAGGGGGUGAGGCUCCUGCCGAAGGAGCUCCUGCUGAUGGAGCACCUCCACCCGCUGCAAGAACCCAUAUAAAAAAUCAGAAAAACGUGGCUUCUACAGCUGAUACAAUGGAAACAACUACAGAAAGUGAAAGACCACGCACCAGGGGAAAAUGGGGCGCCAAGAGGAGCACUACCCUUUCCGAUGAAUCCGAGUUUCCCGAGGGAGAUGUCAAUAUACGGUUUGGUGGCGGAACCCCGAUCUCCAAGUUUGGCGAAGACAGCAUUUAAGCUCAGAUGCCUUAGUAAUGUUCUGGUAACCCGCCUAGUUAUUAAUUUAAAGCUCGAUUCCGACCAUAAACC